CCUUGUGCCUUCCCCUCGCGCUUGCCGUAUUUAACAAACCGGUUUUUUGACAGUAUUCAGGCUCUCGCCCGUUUAAACAGUCCGGUUUAAAGUCGCUGCCGCCGCCGCUUUGUUUCACGAUGUGACUUCUGAGAACAAGACACGUCUGUAGAAGGUCUUCCAGGUGUUAUGAACAACUAUGAGGUCAUCCGUCAGAUUGGAGAGGGUGCGUUUGGUAAAGCCUUCCUGGUUCGGGACAAAGGUGCGGGUGGAGACAGACAGUGCGUGGUCAAACAGAUCAACCUCAGACAGAUGUCAGCGAAGGAAAAGGAGGCGUCCAGGAAAGAGGUGACGCUGCUGUCGAAGAUGAAACACCCGAACAUCGUCGCCUUCAUCGGGUCAUUUCAAGAGACGGGCAGCCUGUGUAUAGUGAUGGAGUACUGUGACGGAGGAGAUCUGAUGAAGAAGAUCAACAUGCAGAGAGGAGCUGCCUUCACCGAGGAGCAGAUCGUGGACUGGUUCGUUCAGAUCUGCCUGGGCCUCAAACACAUCCACGACAGGAAGAUUCUCCACAGAGACAUCAAAGCUCAGAAUAUCUUCCUAACCAACGGAGGGAUGAAAGCAAAGUUGGGAGACUUUGGAAUUGCAAGAAUGUUGAAUAACACCAUGGAGCUGGCCAGGACCUGCGUUGGGACACCGUACUACCUCUCCCCGGAGAUCUGCGAGAGCCGGCCCUACAACAACAAGACGGAUGUCUGGUCUCUGGGCUGCGUCCUGUAUGAGCUCUGCACCCUGAGGCAUCCAUUUGAGGGCAGCAGUCUGCGGCAGCUGGUCAGUAAAAUCUGCAGGGGGCGCUACAACCCCGUACCCAGCCGCUACUCCUACGACCUUCGCCUGCUGGUCACCCAACUCUUCAAGGUCAACCCCCGGGACCGCCCUUCGGUCAGCUCUGUCCUCAGGCGUCACUUCCUGGAGAAGCACAUCGGCAAACACCUGGACCCACAGGUGAUGCGGGAGGAGCUCAGCCACAUGGUGCUGCAUGGAAACAGAGCAGCAGCGUCUCAGGCUGCUGAAACCAGAGCAGGAGCAGCAGAGAAGAUACAGAAGUCCAGAGCUGCAGAGAGACCCGGGGCCGCCGCGAAGAGACUGCCAGCUAAACCAGACUGGAGAGUCCCACUCAGAGCCUGCGCCCCUGCCCACUACAGACCUCUUCGUCAGAGAGCAGGACGACCAGCUGCAGACGGAGACGCUGCAGGGCAGCAGAACCAGAACCAAAGGUUUAAUGUCCAGCAGCCAGUCAGCCGUUACCAGCACUACCACGCCCAGCUGGACGGCUUUCAGAGGAGGAACAAGGAGGUCCCCCCUCCUCCUCCUCCUCCUCCUCCUCCUCCUCAGGAGAGAGAGGAGCGAUGCGAAGGCCACGCUGUGGAACCAUACCAGCUUGUGGCUGCAGCUCGUAAUGAAUACCUGCAGAGGAGACACGAGGCCAACCGGUACAAGCUGAGAGCAGAGAAACAGCUGGGCCUGCGUCCGUGUACAGCUGAGUGCAACAGGAAGCAGGAAGUGGGGCAACCUGAACGCCAACAUACACCUCAGAACAGGAGGCAGGAGGGACAGCAGGAGUACCUGCGUCAGCUGGAUCUCAUCAGACAGCAGUAUCACCAGGAGAUGCAACAGAUGAGGCUGAGAGCUGAAGAAGAGGCUCAGCCACAACACAAACAAGGAACCUUCGUGGUGGAGAAACCCAGAGACCCAGAACCAGAACCCUCUGCAGACAGUGAAGAGCAGCAGAGAGCCCCACCUGCACAGGACAUUGAAUCAGCCCUGAGGCAGAUCAGAGAGGAGAACAGAGAUCAGAGGAGAGCGCUGGAGAGGAAACACAAAGACAAGAAGGGAAUCAUGUUUGAAAUCCGGUUAGAUGAUGAAAGGAUGAAAGAGGAUGCAGAGAAGGAGGAAGAGGAGAGAAGAGAGGAAGAGGAGGAGGGUGAUGGAAGACAAAAGGAGGAGGAGGAAGUGGACCCUCUGAAUCAGACUCUGAGCUUCCAGGAGGGAGAGGAGUUGAAGCUCAGGGAUUGGUCGGAGGUGAGGAGGGGGUGGAGCCAGAGGACUCCUCAGACUCUGCUGGACGCACUCGCCAACAUGGACGUCAACUCCAUCUACAACACUGCGGUAGCGGCUGAACAAGGUGAGGCGGCGGCAGGUCGCAGGCAGUGGGUCGACGGCCCCCCCAACACCCUGCUGAAUGCUCUCGCUGAGGCUGAACUCACAUCUUCAACUCUGGACUCAGUGACUACAGAUUUAGAGCCUGAGAAGGACCGAGCAGACGAGCAGAAGGAGGAGGAAGAGGAGGAGGACUCCGAUGUGGAGAUGGAUGAAGAGCGUCUGGAGCCGAGGUCAGACGAUGACGACACGAACUUUGAGGAAUCGGAGGACGAGCUGAGAGAAGCGGUGGCAGACUCCAUGAAGAACCUGUUUGUCAUGGAGGACGGGAGCUCGGACGAGGCAGAGCGCACAGAGGAGAGGGCAGCGGUGGCUGAUGGGACGGAGGAGAACGAGGAUGGAGGUGCAGUGAGUGCUGCAGACCCAGUCCAGCCGGAGGUCGAGGAUUCAGACGUCGCCGCCGGACCGCCUGGAGUCGUUUCCUCUGAGCCUAAGGAGCGUGACGGUCAGUCCGAGAGCUCAGGCGGUAACGCGGCUUUAAAUAAGCGUCAGACUACCUGAGUGAGCUGGGCAGCAGUAACUGGAGUCCUUAUUUAACUUGAAUUUAAUCACAUCAAAAAAUUGGGAGCCAGUAGAAAUGUUUUGUUGUCUUCAGUCUUAAUUGGUCGGCUAAUUAAAGGUACCCUGCAGAGUUUGUGGCCACUGGGGGUGCUAUAGAGCAGUUUUUUAAUGAGUGGGUCCCUGCUUUAUUUUAAUCGUGUAGCAACGAGCAAAGAAGCGCAGUAAUGCGCCAACAAAGGCAGUGAAAAAGACUGUUAUCAAGAAAACAAUGUAAAAAUAUUAAAAAUUCGGAAGGAAAUGCACUUGUUUGUUAGACCUCAAAGACGCACACAAUGUGUUUUGGUAGCUGAAAGCAAAGAUCGCUUUUGUUUACCAAGAAACCCCUGCAGUGCACCUUUAACCAGCCGCUCCUACUAGCUCGGUUUGUUGAGUUCUCUGCAUGCUUGAAACAAACUAGUUCGUAAGCGGAACCAUCCGACAGGUCUAAAAGAGUUUAUCGCUGUUCUGAACGACAACACCUGAAGAAUGAAACGUCAUAAGUCAAGUUUCCGUCCGAAUUUAGCGCCAAUUGUAAAUGAAUUUUCAGGAAAUCAUCAAAAUAUGAGCGAAUGCUUGUUUCCGUCCACUGCUGCUGUGUGAAUAUGGUUUCGGGGCAUCAAGAUAAACAGCUGGUGGAGCCGAUCCUCCAGCCGCUGCCGUUAAAGCGUCGCAGAAGAAGAGGACGCAGCGAGACGACGUCAUUAAAGCUCAGACGAUGGAAACAUGACGUUUCUGUUGGUUUCACGUGUUCAUGUGAGGAAGUCUCCAGCCUCCUCAUCGCUCCACACACAUCUGUUUGUCUGCUAGUAUUUUGUCUCUGCAGUGGAGCAGAAGCUUCAGUAUUAAAACACCUGAGUAAGCGUUUAAGUGACUUAAAUUUUAUGUGCAAUUUGAAAAUGUGCAUUAAAAAACAGGUGGAUGGAAACACGCUGACAGUCUCUCCUGGAAGACGUUCACGGCGUCGCACUCACAAGAGAGCAAGAGAGAGAAGUUCAAAUCCCGACUGCUCUCACGCCGCCACACACCUGAUCAAUCGCUUCGUGAAGUGGGUGUGAACGUUUGAUUGCCCUCCCCGAUUCGCUGACGAGCACUUUGUUUGAAACGUACUGAAGCAGUUAGGAUACAAAAGGAUGUCUGAACGUCCUCGCAGCUGCUGCUCUGUCGGUUUGUAUUCUUUAAAGGAUAAGUUUGAUGUUUUUCUAUAUUAUUCUUAUUGUCAACAAAUCCCACGAAAACACCAAAACCAGCAACGUGUCGCUCCGUCUCUCAGCACCGUCUGACUUCCUGUCUGCGGCGCUCAGCUGCAAGCCCAUUGGUUCCUGCUGAAGACGUAAAGCUUUAAAUAUAUAGUUUCCUGUUUGAAAAGGCUCAGUAGUUUCCUCAAACAGCUGCUCGCUGUAGUUUUGAUCAAACCAACAGCAGGAAACAGUGCGUUUGUUGGGGACUACUUCCAGCGGCGGAUGAAUCCACAUGUGGGGCUGUAGUGAGUGUUUGGGGCAGCAGGACGGUGUGUGUGUGUGUGUGUGUGGGGCGGAGUCAGAAUAAACUACAGUGCGGCUCACUGAUGUGUUUUUGGACAACAAUGGAGCUGUACGUCACAGAGGAGGAAGCUGCGUCAGCCCGGCUCAGGCCGGAGAAAGGAGCUGGAACUGAAUAUACGAUUAUUUUACACAACAAAACUUAACGCAGAGACAAACUAACUCCCACAGAAGCCGGACAGAGGACGACUGUCUGACUGCCACCGGCUUAAACGGUGAGCUGAAUCUCCCUGACGACCCGACUCCGCCCACCAGGCUCUUGGUGGGAGACAAUAUGAAAAAUAUAGAAAGAUUUCCUGUUAAACUACAAAGCAGUGCAGUCAGUACCGGUCUAAUGCAAGGGAUGCUUAUGCAGAAAUAAACCUGGAGUAAUAUUAUUAGGCGUUACGUUUAAAGCUUCUUCAGUGCAACUUGGCUCUUCUAAACAUAUUUAAAAUCACUUCUCAGAUCUUUUUAAAGAGGCGUUAUAUUAAUGCUAGCACACUGUUUUAUUUCCAACAUGUCUCGUCUCUUGAUGUUGGCAGCUGUAUUAAUAUUUAGUCACUGAAAUCGUCUCGCCUAACAUCACUACUGACGCUGCCAACGCAAAAUUAGAUUUUCGACAACAGAACUUUUUUUCUUUUAACUCCUGCGUGAUUUUUAAAAACAUUUUAACGAUUAAAACUCGUCAACAAACAAAGCAGAUGUGUUUUUUAACAGUUUUUAUGGCUCAGAGGAAGAAGAUCCAUCAGGCUGUGAUUCACACACACACACACACACACACCUGUCAGCAGAGUUAUCGUUUACCGUCAGCUUCAGUGCAGGUUUCACUUCUGAUUGUAAUUCUUCCCUUUUGUACAGGAGAUUGUUCUGAUGUGUGGCAGUGAUGUCUGCACCUUUCCUGUGCUGUAAUUCGGUUUCUUGCCACAAGUCGGCAGCACACAACAAGCAGUUAACACGAAGUGUUUGAUGAUUGCAUUUAUUACAGAAUUGUGUAAUUUCAGUUUCUCAGUGAAACAAACUCAGAACAUCCUCUCUACGUGGACGGACUUAAAUAGUAAUAACGCCUCUUUCAAAGUAAAGAUUCUUCAGUAUUUUCAUGUAUCAUCUUUCCGUGCCUGGACCCCAUCACAAACAGGAAUGCAGGAAGUGAAACAACAUUUAAAUAAUUGGCCAUCACCUUAACCCAAACACGUGGUUUAAAACACAAAACAUCAAAAGAAAAGUCUUCAUUUAACUUCGUCGACACAGAAAAAUAACAUUGCGAAGCUCUUUACAUCUAUUUAGGAAUCAGUCGGUAAUUGAAAAACAGACGAAACUGUCAUCAUAACAAAAAUCACUCCAGUAUUAAUAUAUAACUCCACACUAGCAAACGUUGCGUGGCCGUCCGCGGUGUCGAAUGAAAAGCUGUAGCUCAGUUUGGAAUGUAACUCUAAAUAUAAUGAAACGCCUUAAAAUGAACAUUUUGGGAAACGUGCUUCUUUGCUGUCAGCUAGCUUAGCACAAACAGUGGAAGCAGGGGGAAACUGCUAGCCUAGCGUAAUCAGAAGAGAAGGAAUGGUCCAAAGCUGUCAGAUUUACAUGUUGUAUCUCGUGUACUUCAACAUGCAGAAACAGGAAGUGAGAGCGUGUAGUUUAACGAGCAGUUUCCAUCCAGUUUCAUAUGUUUUAUCAAAAAAAAUCUUCAAACAAAAAGUCUAAAUAUCGCAAACAAGUUUAAACCAAACAGGAAGCAGACUGGGUGAAUAACUGCUGACGUCAUGAAGAGCUGAGAGCAUCAGCUGUGUGUGGAGCGAUGAGGAGGCUGGAGCCUUCCUCACAUGAACACAUGAAACCAACAGAAACAUGACGUUUCCAUCAUGUUUCCAUCGUCUGAGCUUUUAAUGACAUCGUCUCGCUGCGUCCUCUUCUUCUGCGAUGCUUUAACGGCAGCGGCUGGAGGAUCGGCUCCACCAGCUGUUCACCUCCAUCAGCCAAUCAGCUCGUGUUCUCACAACAACAGUUGUGGAUGGAAACAAGCAUUAUUUUGCUCUCGUUUCUGCAGAUUUUAUGGAAAUUCAGUUAUAAUUUGUGCUAAAUUUGGAUGGAAACUUGACCUUUUGUUAACGCAGCUAUAAACUCUCGACUGUUAUGAAGUUAAGAUUCUGGCUGUGUGUAUUUUUGUACCUCUGAACAAAACCCAUGUGAUUCCUGGAUGUAUUGGUCAUUAGCUUGCUAGCUAACAAGAUAAAACAUGUAAAGAAGAGAACUUUGGAACAGAUGGAAAUCAUACCUUUCCUCUUUUUACGCAGUUUCCUGCUUUCAGCCUUUGUGCUAAGCUAAGCUCAACAGUUCCUGCAGCAAAUAUCACCGAUAAUAUUCUCAUCCGACUAAGAAAACAAGCAAGCUAGUCUCACAAUCUCAAAGCAUUUCCACUUGUAACUCUGAUUAAACGCUAAGUUUCCUGAA